AACUACAAACAAAUUAUAUAUUUCACAUAAAAUAUUCAAAAAAUAUUUUUCUAAUAAAUUUUCUCAAAACUUAAUGCAAACGUUGCGUUUCUGCCAAACACUUUGUUUGUGGCUCAUAAGCAUUUCUAUGACGCGCCAAGAUCUCUGCACUUAUUGCAAAUGUGUGCAUGGCCAAUAUCCCGACGAACCGAUUUGGAUUGAUGUGAGCAAACGUACUGAGAUUGCGGUGUUGGGACACUCAUGUGGACGGCAGGUGACGUACACAUGGAAAGCUGUUGGCGGUUCUGGUGAAAUUUUAGUUGAUCUUGGUACAACCGAAGUACCACGCGUCAAUUGGUUGCCGUUCGCUUAUUCGGUUAGACCCGACCAGCAAGGCAAAAGCAAUCGCAUUAUUGUGACCAAAAGUGAUGGCCGAACAACAGGACAAUGUGUAUGCCACAUUGACUUUGUGAACUUGGAGGUUUAUAGUCAUAUUGAUGGUGCGAGAAUUAUCUCGAUUGGCUCGGAUCAAACCGUGGAAUUAGACGGUUCCAGUAGCCGUGACUACAGUCAGCCAAAGGACAGGCAGAAAUACACAUUUGAGUGGCGAUGUGUGCCGGUAGAGAAUGAUAUGGAAAAUACCUAUUGCAAAGAAGGAAAUAUUAUGUCCACUAGCGCCAAAGUCAGCAUUGAUGGCCGACAACUCGCCGUCACAGGUCUCUACAAAGUGAUGCUGCGCACGAAAUCUCCCAUUACAGGCAAUACCGCCGGCGAUCACAUCUACAUACGUGUCGAGUUCGGCACAAAAAUACCGUUAUUGAUCAUGUGUUAUCGCAAUUGCUUAGAUUAUUACUAUAAUGAGGGUGAGAGCAUAUUCCUGCAUGUCGACUGCAUUGGCGGCUGCGGCAAGAAGCGAACCUUCUACUUUGAGAUCGACGACAAAUUCGUUACCUCGAAUCAUGAUGGCUUUUUACGAUUUAAGGCACCAAUGGCGGUCACAUUCAAGUUCAAUGUCACGCUCAUAGCUGAUGGCAUAGAUAGUGUGGCUAUAGCGCCUUUCUACCGCAACGAACCACCAGCAGGUGGCAGCUGUGCGGUGACACCCGAGAAGGGUGUACCAGGCGAUACGCUAUUCGAGGUUUCCUGCCGCAAUUGGACUGAUGAAAACUUGCCUAUAUACUAUGUGCUCAAAGCGGGCAAUUUACUCUACGAUCGCACUACCGACCCGAACUGGGAGGUUUAUGUACCACAAGUGACGGCGAUGAGCUUACGCAUCUGUGACAAUCGAGAUGCCUGCAGCAAUGCUGAAGUGCCACUCGAGUUGGAGGCUGUGGUCAUACCGAAAGGAUUGGAAAACGUCAAGGCGUACAUGGAGAACUACACAAAUAAUGUCGAGAAAUUGUUGGAAGGCGGUCAGUAUGCACGCGCUGUAGUCAAAGCAGCGCUGAUGAUGAAGGAUCAACCUUUGGAUGUCAUCAAAUAUGUGCUCAACGGCUUCCAGAACUUCAACGCUAACUCAGUACCGGAUGUCAGACAAUUGAGCACCAUGACCAGCCAGCUAAUUGAACCCAUGGGCAAUUUGACGAGCGAAAAGUUGGAUGUAAUCAAUGGGCUAUUGGACAAGAUAAGUCGCGGCUUUGGAGAGAUCAUAGGUAGCGAUGCGGUACGAGAAAUGUAUAAGGUAGAUGUGAAGGAUUUGUCCGAAGAAAUAGUUGGCAUAGUGUCGAAGCUCGUGUCGGCAACUGAGAGAUUUGUCGAUGUGCAAUCGCUGCUGUGGGAGUUCGAAGGAGGCAUGGUGUAUGUUGCGGAUGCGCGUGCAAAUGUGUCGCCUAAGUUUGGACAGCUCAUUGAAUUCUACGGCACUCACGAGCGGCUGAAUGAUACCAUCUUAACGCCAAUCAACAAAUGGUUGUAUGCCAUUUGCAGGUCCUUCGACCUGUUACAUGAUAUUGGUCUAGCCAGUAGCCUCAUUGUGCACAAGGGCGAUGAAGAGUUCAUUGUCGACAAAUUAAGCAUACAAAUGACUACGUCCGGUAUAAUAGACAACGCACCCCUGACCUUAGUCUCAGCUGACUACUUAACCACAGCGUUUCUGAGCAAACCCUUACUCCAGGAAAUGCAAAAGCAGCUGAAAGGCAGGGAAAUGAAGAUGCAAGUGGUCAGCUUUAGAGAGAACCCUUGCUGGUGGUACCCCACAGAACAUCCCAUCACCACUGCUGUAUUCUCUUUGAGUGUAUUCAGCGAAAAAGACUCAAAUUUACUGAUAAGCGAAAUCACAGCACCAUUGAAGCUCGAAAUGCUGCAACAACGUUGGCCUAAAGAGCCGCCAUUGAUACGAGGUCAGGUUUACGCAGUCGAUGAAAUGCCCAUCUAUCAGGUUCGCGCGCCAGAGGGCGCCGCCCUCAUCGUUAAUUUCACAUCCGUGGAUGAAGAUAUGGAUGUGAUUGUGCAGUGUGGUAAAUUGCCGAACGAGAAGGAAGUGCGCGAGUCAGGCGAGCGAGUGAUGUCGGGCGCUGUUAAAGGUGUUACGCGAUACGCGGCUGUAAAUAGUGGCGGUAAAGUUGAUUGGUGUUAUGUAGCCUUAAUAGCCGCAAGACAUGUAAUUUUAACAACCGAAGCACAUUACGCUUUUACUAUAGAAAUCCAGGAGUGUCUCUCUUGGAAUUUGAAUUUGGUCAGGCCAACUUGGCACAACAAGGGUUGCAUUACCUCAGUCGAUGUGGCAGGCGCUGAUAACAUCUCGUGUCUUUGCUAUCACAUGUCAAUAUUUUCCGGACGCUCAUACUACAGCACAGCCGAGGAAGUGGUGCGUGAGCGCACACUCAAGCAUAGCUUGGAUAUCAAUUGGUAUUUGAUCGCCUUUUAUAUACUACUAUUCUUGAUUUUCCUUUGGCUUUUGCUACGCACUUGUGAUGAUCUCUCGAAAAGUCACCAGCGACUGUACACCGAGUUGAAUGAGAACGAGCGUAAUGACAUAAGUCGCAUUGCACUGCACAUCACUACUGGUGGUCAGUGGACGGCGGCGAGCUCAGCCAAUAUACUGAUUACCCUACCGGCGGGUCAGACGUAUACGAUCACGCAGAAUCCCGAACGGCCGUUCCUAAAACCACACACCACCUGUGUGCUGGAGCUACCUAUACGCGCCAGCGAGCUCGAUGGUCCACUGCUAAUAAGCCAAGACAAAAAUGGCCGCUAUCCAUCGUGGUACUGUGACUCUAUAACUGUGGUGAAUUUGGCGAAUGGUGAGAAGCGCCAUUGCAGCGUACGAAAGUGGAUUGGGCGUACGCCGGUCAGUGUACUGCCAGACAAAGUGGAGCGCGAGCAACAAGUGCGUGAUAGUAGCGAUGUGAGCGAGCGUGAGGAUGAGGAUGAGGAUGAUGAUAAGGAGAUGCAAGCGCAAAGUAAGAGCGCCUUACGCGCCGAAAAAUGGCAAAAGUUUAAGACUGCCUAUCACGACAUAUUCAUGGCUUGGUUUCUCUUUCAACCACUCUUUGGCAGUUGGCAAUAUGGUGCGGUGGACGCUAAUCGUUCUGUGCGCAGUUGCAUUUGGAUUGCCAAGUUCGCUGUCCUACUGCUGUUGGUCUUCUUGUAUUUCGGUGAGACUAAUCUGAAUAAUUACGAAACUGAGCGAUUUGAAUAUGAGUUUUUGAUACGUCUCAUUGAUGGUCGUUUGGUGCUCUUUCUUUUUGGCUGUUAUUUCAUAACACUUGCGUUGGAGCUAUUGUUGCUUUUCAUUGUGUAUCCUGGCUUCUGGAAGAAUUGCUGCCAGCCAGAUAAGAUGAAGGAGAAGAAGGACAGUGAGAGGGAGAAAAAGGAAAAUUAUAAGAAACCAAAUACAACAAGCAAUCAUGAUGAACAAGGCAACACGACAAAGAAAAAUAAAUCUGAGGAAAAUGCAGAGGGUGUUGCGGGUCAAGGAAACAAAAGCACGGAGAGGAACCACAAUGAUGCGAUAGACUUUUUAAUGUAGUCAGCGAUAAAUGAGAGAUUCUGAGACUGUAAGAGAGGGAUUUUAUCUGCUAAAAGCCAUACCUGUCUUGAAAUCACCCGUAACGCCUCCAGCAAGAAUAGCCUCGAAGUGUGUCACACAAAUACCAAUUUUAUAUAAAAACCAAUUAGCAAAAUUACAAAAGAACACACGUGAAUGAAAGCCAACAGCACUUUGUGACUCAAGCAUUAAGAUGUCGACGACAGAAGGCUGAGCAUAAAGGACGUUAAUAACAUUUAGCCAAAAAUCAAAGAAAACAGCAACAAUCGGCAAUGAAAGACAAACAAUAGAGACUAGUAAAUGCACGUGCAAAUACGUGAUUUUUGCUCUUGGCUUGUACAAAGAAAAUAAUUUCUAUAAAAAUAUUAUUCUCGGGGAAUAUAAGGAAUUUCAUUAGUAAUUGAGGCAGCAGCAUUGAACACCGUCAAAUAUAGUUUCUACACAGUUCGUAUUCUUUUGGUCUCCCAAAGAGCUGGACGAUGUUUCCAGCUACUUAACGAGCAUAUGCGUUGCAUUAUCAAGUAGGUCAAGCUCAUAACUUGUUGUAAUAACAACUAUUGCUAAUUGGUGUCCUCAAAUUCUUGGGAUUAUAUUGUAAAUUACCGUAAAUGCAAUGGCUUUUAGAACCGAUUGGUGACUCUGAUUAAAGUCAAGAAUUAAUGAGCAAGCUGUGAGCGGACUGCUGCAGAGAUGACUGUCAUAAGCACAUACUAACAUACCAUUACAACACAUACUAGCAUUAUACACAAACAUACACACCUUAGUACAUUAUUCAGAAUAAUUUCAAAUAUGCCAGAUACCGAAGCCAAUCAAUUACGUUGAGCAAUUUUGACGCGAGACAAUAAACAGUUCAGCUAUUCAUAGUAGCAUAACAUGAAUAAGCAUGUGUGGGUAUGUAUGUGUCACUAUUCUCGCGGGAAAUGCAUUUUACGCGAAUAAAGGACAAUGCAUUAUUAGAAUCUAGUUAUGAAUUUGACAGUUUACGUUUGAGGGUGUCAAGCAGUUAGUGUAGGGAGAACUCUUGUGAUGUCUUGGCGAAACAAAGCAAUCGGUUCAAGAAAGUCAAAACGCGUACAGUGGAGAGAAAUUACAUAUUUAAUUAAUUAAACAAAUUUAACACGUGUGCACGCAAAUAUUAAAUUGAAUAUUUCUUGCAGUUUCGCGCAAACUGUCAGAUGAUCUUCUGGAGAACAAAAAAUUUUGCUGUCCAAAUUUCAAAAAAAAAAUUC